GCUGUCGCAGGUCAUGUACCUUCCACAUGCAUUACGAUUAUUUGCCGGCUUGCAUGAGAAUAGUCUAUGUUGAAACGCAGUAAAGUUAUUAGCGAAUUUUUACAUCUGGAUCGCGCGAGUACUUUUGUUGAAAUAUUGUUCAUCGAUUUUUUCGCAAAAUGUCGAAGAGAUUUUUUGAUCCACUUGUUGAAAAAGAUGCAGAAAUUCUGCGGGAAUUAGCUGAGAACGACAGCAAUGUAUUGUCGGAUGCUGAGGAUAGUAGUGAAGGCGAAGAAGACGCCGUAGAAAACCAGUUGGAAAGCUCAGAUACAGAACAAGAAAUAUCUAGUGAAGAUGACGAAGAGGUGGAAGAACCAGUGGUAAAUACGAUAUUGGGAAAAGAUAAAAUAACAAGAUGGAAACUACAGAUGCCUGUUCAGAACGUAAGAACUCGUUCACAUAAUAUUGUCAGCCAUUCGCCUGGGGUCAAAGGUGCAGCUAGAAAUGCAAGAUCUGUUUUAGCUUGUUGGAGUGCUUUUUUUGACGACGAUAUGUUAAACCUAAUUAUCAGUAAUAGUAAUAAGUAUAUUUCUAGUAAGAAGGAUUCAUAUAGCAGAGAGAGAGACUGCAAGAUUACCAACUUGUCUGAAAUUAAAGCAUUCAUUGGUUUGUUGUAUAUGGCAGGAUUCCAUAGGAAUAGUCGACUAAACACAGCAGACCUUUGGGCUAUUGAUAAUUCGGGCAUCGAGCUUUUCCGAAUAAUAAUGUCUCGAAAUAGAUUUCAUUUCAUCAUGCAAAAUGUGCGGCUUGAUGACAAAGAAACGCGGAAUGAACGGAAAAUCUGUGGCAAGCUUGCUCCUAUAAGAGACCUUUUUAAAAUAUUUGUUGAAAAGUGCCAACAAAAUUAUUCUGUUGGUGAGUAUGUCAAAGUCGACGAAAUGUUGCCACCGUUCAGGGGCAAAUCUUUAUUUCGACAAUACAUUCCGAGCAAGCCAUCGAAAUAUGGUAUAAAGAUAUUAGCCCUUAUUGAUUCUAAAAUGUUUUAUACUGCCAAUUUGGAAAUAUAUGUCGGGUGCAACCUGAAGGACCUUACAAACUUGACAAUAGUGCUAUAUCUGUGGUAA